UCCCCGAAGGAUCCAGGCCAGAAGAUUAUUAAGAGGAUCAUUGCGCUUGAGGGAGACUUCAUAAGGACUUUAGGUUACAAAAGGAAAUACAUUCGCAUCCCAGAGGGCCAUUGCUGGGUGGAGGGGGACCACACAGGACACUCCCUAGACUCCAACUUCUUUGGUCCCGUGGCCGUGGGACUGAUAACGGCAAAGGCCUCGAGAAUUGUGUGGCCUCCUGAGCGUUGGCAGAAGUUGGAGAACACUUUGCCCGAAGACAGAGUGCCCCUGAACCUCCGUGGUGUAUUAGUAGAUCAGGAAGAGCUUGUAGAUGUAGAUAUAGAUGAGUGA